AUGGAUUUGGAACACGCAAUGGACGGGAUUGGCGACUACGAUAUGGCCUCUGGUUCGUCGAGCGGGACACCUUGGGGAGGUGUGGACGACAAGGAUGGGAUGGAGUUGGAUCUGCUUCAGCCCGAAGAAGAGCUUCACGUUGCAGGUGCGGAGGAGAUGGAGUACGAAACGAGUCCUGUGCAGAUUUUAUCUCGAUCUCAACCUCGAGCACACGCAGGAGCAAAUGCUGCGAAUGAAGAAGCGCCAUUGACCGUCUCCUUGGACGCCACCACUUCGAUCAUUGGCUCUGGGAUUGCUAGCGCAUCGAUAGCUCCUACUUCCACACCCGGUAUCCAAAUGGGCGAUGCGUUGUCAGCUCCAGUGCAUACUCUUCCCGACACGACGUUCGUCCCAACGACGAGUGCCGCUUCUGCUUCUGAUACCACUCAGACUACUCCUUCAGUCAUCGACUCGACCAAUGCUCAGACAAUGACAGCAUCGACUAGCGCGCACCAGCCAAACGGUCAAGCAUCACCUUCUGGCCCCUCAGUUUCUUACAACCAGCAGGACGAAUCAAGUAUCGCUGCACCGCCUGGCGAAGCGCAUGCAACAGCUGACGACGCGUCUAGCAAUCCAGGUGCAACGGCGGGGGCCAAAGAAGGCGGAAUCACGGGCUCAGCAGCCGAAGCUGCUCUGAUCGAGAAUGAGACAAACGAGCGGAACAGAGGAGCGCACAAUGUCGAAGCGUCUGUGGCGGUGUUGGAAG